AUGUUUCACGAAGGUGACCUACAGAGCGGUAUCAGCAAAGCCCUAGAAGAAUCAAAAUUGGUAGCAUGCUUUGUGACUGACGACGAGGAGGAGAGCAACAAGUGGGAAACCGACUUUAUUCAGGAGCCAGAUUUGAAAGCGGCAUUAGCUGAGCAGACGAUCCUCCUACGUCUCAAAGCUGGCUCGCAGGAGGCAGGAUAUCUUGCUGCCAUAUUCCCAUUACCAAAAACCCCAACCUUUGUGGUUAUUCAAAAUGGAGAGCUCAAAGAGUAUUUGGCUGCUGGAGUCACCAGGGAAGAGUUCAUGCGGCGGAUGGCGGUCGUUCUAGGAUCACGUGUAGUUGAAUCGCCUCCACCGCCAGUGUCAACAGCCACUACCAGUAGUGAGACUGUCCCAGUAGCAACUAGUGAACAACUUUCAUCUGCAGUACCAAAUAUUCAGCUAAAUCAGCAAGCUGCUCCAGCAAGAAGGCAGCCAUCAGCAGCCAAUCUUCUCGCAGAGAGGAGUGCCCGUCUAGAACAGCAGAAAAAAGAGCAAGAAAAAAAGUCAAAAGGAAAGGGGAAAGCCCCAGCGGACUCUAACCCCCAGGGAAAGGCUCCAGAUAAGGCUACACCUUCGUCCGCGGACAUGAAGUAUGCACUUAUGCAAAAAAAGCGCCAGCAAGAUGCUAAAGAUGAGCGGGCUCGUAUUCUUAAGCGCGUGGAGGACGACAAAGCUCAGAGAAGACAGGAUGCAGCGGAACGAAAAGCCAUAGCCAAGGCAGAUGCUAAGUCCGAGAGUCAACCUUCGGUCACGGUGCCUUCUUCAAGUCGCAGCAAUCACCCGUCAACUCGAUCAGCCGAAUGCGCGGUGCAAGUCCGUCUUUUCGACGGAUCCACGAUCAGAUCACGCUUCCCAUCCUCAGGUAACCUCCGUGUCCACGUGAGACAAUGGAUCGAUGAGAAGCAGGAGCGAGACACCCCUUAUGUUUUCAAGCAGGUCUUAACACCUCUUCCAAAUAAGAAUAUCUCUAUCUCAGAGGAAGAGGAAACCCUCCAAACACUUGGCCUUACUCCGAGUGCGACUUUGAUCUUAAUACCUGUUGAUAGCUAUACCUCAGCAUACGAGGGUGGUGCAGGUGGUGGAAUUGUCUACAGAAGUGCGGCUGCAGGGUAUAAUAUGGUAUCGUCUGGUCUUGGUAUGGUUACUGGAGCUCUUGGCAGCCUCCUCGGUGGUGGAGCAGCUGCGCCUGUACAAGAGGAACAUGAGAAUGCGCGUUCUGCUUCAACUCCAUCUACAUCUAUCAAUGUCAGGACAUUGAGAGAUCAACAGAGGUCAGAUGAUCAACAAUUCUACAACGGAAAUGCGCUCAACUUCGAACCGAGAAAGGACGACGAUGACAAGAAAGAGGACUAA